GUUGAGCGUCUGGUCAAAUAUUUCUGAACUGUGAUUUCUAUUUAUUUUCAACUGUUCACACCUCCAUAAAAUGUCGUGAAGAUGCCUAGUAUUGGUGAGAUAUUCGGCUUGUGCUGUGGUGCUUGUAGGAUCGGCUGCUAUACUUUGUAUGUAAAGCUAUGUUGCAAGUCAGCACCAUCACAAAGGCAGGAAUACCAGUUAAUAUGCCUUGGACUAUCAAAGGCUGGGAAAACAACCUUAUUAACAAUGUUGUGUGGGGAGAAAGCUGACGAUAUCCAGCCAACUCAGGGAUUCAAUAUUAAAGCGAUACCUUUUAAAGAGGCUAUUUUGAAUGUUAAAGAAAUUGGAGGUCAAGAAAAUGUGCGUCCAUUUUGGAAUCGUUACUAUGACAACAUUGAAGGCAUAGUCUUUAUUAUAGAUAGUUCAUGUUCACCAGAAGAGUUCUUGACUGUUAAAGAAGAACUACACAAAGUACUUGGGCAUGCUUCCUUAAAGGGCCUACCUAUUUUAAUUCUUGCCAAUUAUCAAGACCAGUCAUCUGCUAGGAAAACUGAUCAGAUCAUUAAAGACUUUGAUUUGGAUGAGAGAGCAGCAGGUCGAAAAUGGUUGGUACAUCCAUGUUCAUAUGCUGAUGUGGAAAGUGCCAGAGAUGGUCUUCAAAGACUGUUGUACUUUUUAAAAGGAAUUGAAGUAAAAGAAGACUCGGCAAGGAUCUAAGUACACAUGAAUCAGCUUGGCACACUCACAUGUUUAUCACAAGUAUCCCACCAAAUAUGUCAAUAUUUUGGAACAUAAAGUCAAGACAUUCUGCAUUUGUAAAACUCACUAAUUAUGGAACAGCUGCACUGAAGAAACAAUCACAUUCCUCCCAAAUUUUAGGAUUGAACACACGUUACUCCAUA